AUGAGGAAGAUAGAGAUAAUGAUCCUUUUCGAGAACGGCUCAAGAUUAUUGAUGUCCCUGGAGCUGGAGAAGUGGAUACCUCCGCAGUCCCGCUCCAGAUUGUCCGCAGUCACUGGAUGGAUGUUCUUGUUAACUAUCCUACUUCAGUCCGGGCGAGGCUCGUCAACUGCAAGACGGAUAGAUAAGGUUGAAUCCCUCCUUAAUGUAUGUUCUACAAAUCAUUACCAAAGAUCUCCCCCCUCCCCUCUCCUUCCAGAUUUGGAUGUAGACAAAGGACUGGGAGCUACUGGACCGAAGAACACCUUCCGCAGUUUUUGUGGAAGUGGGUACAGUGUAUCGGAUCGGCUAACCUGUGCUUCCUCUCUCAACAGGAAACUCAGGUCUAGAUACAGGAGGCCACGAAGAUGCCUUGGCAUUGCUCUCGUUGGCCUUACUAAUGGUAAUAAUAUCCCCGAUGACAUCUUGGUAAAGAUCCAAGCUGAAAUGACGCCGAUGUUAGUGACCUUACAUCUUAAACAACAUCUAAUAACCGUUCUUCUGAACGAAUUAUUUUUCGAAACUUCAAACCCCGUUGCAAGUAGCAUCAUCAAAGAACUCCCAGACGACAGUUUUGCGACUUUGCGGGAGGCUGACAAAGCGGACAAACACGCGGAACUAACUUGCCAUUCUGGCUACCGGGGUUCAAAGUCCUCCAUCUUUCUUAUCCUCUUUAUCCGCUAA